ACCAUGUCGAAACGAGUCGCAGACGGACAGGGCGGUGCGGAGAGGUACGGCGGCAUGGAAGACCCCGCGACACAGCAAUGGACCCGCCGCGCAAGGCGACAGCUGCUCAGCUGGCAAAGCGAAGGACGCCCCGGCUCGUCUAGAUCCUCAUCACCUUCCAAGACCAGUCCUGCUCCUGGCUUUCCCAGUCCAUUUGGCGGCGCCGAUAGCAACCCUUUCGCACAGAGCGCACCUGCUCCACCAGCUGCUGCCAGCUUCAACUUUGGCCAGACGAGCGCACAACCACAGGGCAACCCCUUUGGCACCAUGUCGACAUCACAGAGCUUCCCACCCAAUGCGCCUGCAAACGGCAGCACCAACGCCGCUCCUUCCUUCUCCUUUGGCCAGUCACAGCCUGCCAACGCUCCUUCCUUUGCACCUCCCCAAGCAUCGAGCUUCAGCUUUGGCGCCUCAACUCCCUCGGGCACAUCGUUCAGUUUCGGAGCAACACCAGCCAAGCCGUCGCAACAGAACGGCGACGCCAACAAGGCUCCCUCAUUCACAUUCGGCUCGACACCCGCCUCGCCCGGUCCUUCGGCUCCCGCAUCACCUGCUCCCGCUGCCUUCAAUCCCUUCUCCAGCAUGUCGGGUCCCUCGUUUGGCAGUUCUGAGCAGCCUAUCAGUGCAGCCGAGAUCCAUGAGAUCGAGUCGGCCGGUCCCCGUCUGAGCCAGGAGGGCAAGCUUGACCAGCUCGCUAACAUAGUGCGUCACAGCGAGCCCAAGNAUGCCGACCUUGCCGGACUCAAUCUAUCAACCCUGCCGGCCGCAGUGCAAAGAAAGAUGCUCGACUUUGUACGCAACAAACCCGAUACAGUGAGUCUGACAUCGAUCGCCUCUUUCACUCUGUCUCGUUAUGCCAGAUCCAAUGGGUCGGGAGCUUCUGAUGAGGCUCCUUUGUUCGCCUCCCACAUGCCCCAAACCUACACUCAUCUUCCUGCUUUCAGCGAGGAGCACUUCAUGACCAACGGCUUCGUCGACGAGGUAAAGCUUGCCGAAGCAGCGGCCGACGCAAACAUGCCCAGCGUGUGGCAGACGGGCAUUGCUGCCUUGCAGUCACGCCUGGACAGAGAAAAGAACGGCAUGAACCAGAUGCACUCGUACCAGUACUUUUCCUCGUCGCAGCAGUUACAAGAGCUCAGCUUCACCCCACCCGCAGCACACUCGUUCAAUCCCAAUGCAUUCGCAUACACCCGGCCAUUUCAACCAUUCAACAGUGUUGAAGGUGGUCAAGACUCCUUCGUAAAGCACCCCGACGUCGAGCGAAACACUCAACAUGACAUGCUCGAUGUUUCCCACCACCACCACCACCACGCGAACAUGCAACUCCAACAAUCUUUCACCCAGCCUCUUGCUGACACUAUACUCUACCAGACACCGUCCGAAACUCCCAAAUCCUCCUUCUCCUUCUCGUCGACCGCGCCCCCAGCUGCAGCCCCCGCCUCGACAUCGUUCAGCUUUGGUGCAUCCACCACUCCUGCGCCAUCGUCCCCUGCACCCACUUCAGGCUUCAAGUUCGGCAGCACCGUCGAGCCCAAGAAGGACGACGCUGCGCCCACCACCUCUGCCUUCAGCGGCUUCGGUGCCUCUACCACCACGAAGAAGGAUGAUACACCCGCUAAGCCACCCUCGUCAGCCUUCAACUUUGGAGGCGCUGCCGCUUCUCCCGCUCCCGCAUCGGCAGCCGCAUCUGCCUUCAACUUUGGCACUUCAACCGCUGCACCAGCGUCCCCGGCUCCUGCCUUCAACUUUGGUGCCGCUGGCGAGAAAAAGGACGAGACAGCACUCAAGCCCCCAGCAACCGCCUUCAACUUUGGCUCCUCCACAAGUCCCGCCGCUCCUCCAUCUCCCAAGCCUGCUGAGAAGAAGCUCCCCUCGUUCGCUUUUGGUGCCCCUGCCGCUUCCAAGCCUGCCGAGGAAGUGUCUUACCCUAGUCUGGACACGGCUUCUUCGCAAGAGCCGUCUCCUGCACCAACACCUUCCUUCAGCUUUGGCAAGUCUACGACUACUGCUGCCCCGUCGACGUUCAAGCCUGCCGCUGCAGAGUCCCCUAAGCCUCAGAAUUCUGGUCUGGGCAACUCCAUGUUCAACACCGCACCAACUCAGCAAAAGCCUACGGAAUCUGCCUUCAAGGGCUUUGGCGCUUCUACCUCGACCUCGACCUCUCAACCGAGUGCACCGACCUCUUCUUUCGGCUCUGUCAGCGCACAAGCUCCUGCUCCCCCUGGUAGAUCAGGACCGCGUUCAAGCAAUGCUCUCUCAGCACCUAUUGCUUCCGGUGUUGCCACUCCCCCGGCUUCUCCUCAACUUCCGCCUACCGAACUAGAGUCUGCUUUGCUCAGGCAGUUGAACGAUUCUCUACGUUCGUACCUCGCAUCAGCUGAUGCUACGCAGGACUGGAGCGCUGUCAUGCGUUUCUACCUUGAACAAGCCGCUGAAAUUCGUUCCGAGACUAGUGAUGCGCCAUCCACAACCGCCAUCACCUCCUCAAGUGCCCCCAAGCUGAUCACCGCUCCAUUAGCCCCUUCAACUACCCGCGGUGAGAAGCGUGCUGCUGAUGAGGAUGUCGCAAAGGAAGACGACCACAGCAAGCGUGCCAAGCCAACCUUCCAGACCACUCCCAGCAAGCCCUCAUUUGGCCAGUCCACGACUACUAUCAAGGCUCCGUUGACUGGAUCUACUACUCCUGAUAAGCCUUUCAGCGCAACUGCUUCUCUUUUCAACGACAUCCUGGGAUCGCCAGACAAGCCUGAAACUCCUAAAGCCACCAAUAUAUUCGCAGCUUCUGCCGACAAGACUCCCGCUCCCCCCGCCACUGCUCCUCAAGUCAAGGCCAACCCAUUCGGUACCAUUGCUCGCAACGUCUCCGCCACUCCUGGACCCACAAACACCCAGAAGAGCUUUGUUCCUCCUGCUGCCGCCCAAGCAGAGCCAAAGAACACUGGCGCUUUCCAGAUCCCAAAGUUUGGUGGUGCUUCUGCCUCAUCAGCACCCGCAAAAUCUGUCUUCCAAGUUCCCAAGUUCGGCGGUGGUGGCUCUUCUACUACCACUACCCCUAGCUUCCUCGGCUCCUUCGGUCAGAAGGCUGCUGAACAAGAGGCCAAGGAACGCGAAAAGCGCAAGGAAGAGGACAUGGACUCUGACGAGGAUGAGGAAGAGUGGGAAAGAAAGGACGCUGAGAAGCAGGCUCAGAAGAAGGCUGAGCUUUUGGCUGCCAGCCAGGCCCUCAAGUUCAACGUUGACACUUCUAAGAAGCCCAGCAGCUCCGCUUCUGCCGUCUUCUCGUUCAGUGGCACACCUGCGUCCAGCUCAAAUACUUCUGCUUCAUCCAACAUCUUUGGCAAUCUCUCUGGCAGCAAGCCUGACGAUGAGGACGAGGACGGCGACACUGACGAGGAUGAGGACGUUCACGCUGCUUUGACCAACGCAACUCCUGCUAAGCUCGCGGCCGGCAAGAGUCUCUUUGAGCGCGUCUCUUUCGAUGCUGACAAGGAAAAGACAUCUGAUGCUCCUAGCGCUUCGUUCAAAUUCAGCUCUUUCGGUAGUUCGGGUGCUGCCGACAAUACAUGGAAGGGUAGUGACCCUAUCAAGUUUGGUGCUAGUACAGCUACUGCUGGUACCACUACUCCUGAUGGCUCACCCGCCAAGGCUCCUGCUCCCAAGUUCAACUUUGGCGGUGCUUCACAACCAGCCGAAAAGUCAUCUCCCUUCAGUGGAAUGGUUGGUGCUCAGGCGUCCUCAUCCGGUAGCAUCUUUGAUGCCGCAAAGACUUCGACCCCCAGUACCGGUUUCUCGUUCGGAGGUGCAGCUCCUUCUACUCUCGCACCUCCUUCAGGAUCAUCCGUGUUUGCCUCAGCUGCUACUUCUCGUGCCACCACACCUGGUGCCAACACUACUGACGCUGAAGGCAGUGCUGCAGAGUCAGAACCCAGUGACACGCCAAAUGACGCACAGAAGGACUUGACAGCUCUCACUGCGGACGACAUUGCCAAGUACGAUCUCACUCACGAAGCACGCUGUAGGGUGACGAAGCUCGUCAAGAGCGAAGGUGACAAGGCUGGUUCAUGGGUGCCCCAGGGAGUCGGCCCCAUCCGGAUCCUCGCCUCCAAGGAGACCUCUAAACCUCGUAUCCUUAUGCGCGCCGACCCCUCCGGCAAGGUCGUGUUGAACUUCAACGCUCUUCUCAACCCCGCCCUGUACACGAUCAAGGGCCAAAAGAUGGUGCAGCUGAGUGUUCCUGCCGAAGGCAAGAAAGUCGAGUCCUGCAUGUGUACCUUUAAGGAUGGCGCCAAGGCAAAGGAAUUCUUGGACGCCCUCCAUGGCGCCAUUGCCAAAGCUCAGGGUUAG